CGUGGUCUGAGACGUCUUGGAGACCUUGGCUUAUUUUUGUGCGGGCGCCGAGAUUUUCUUUGAGCGUUUCCCCUUUUCUUCUUCCCAGUGAAUGGAUAUUAUAAAAGCGACAUGUGCUCGCGACUAAUAAGUGAACUUAUGGGGGGGAAAUAAAAGGAUCCGCUCUCGUCGAAGCCCGUGCCGUGGGGUUGUUUUGUGUGUGGGAAUAAGUCGUGUCGAAAGAGAGAGAGAGAGACAGAGAGAGAGAGAGAGAGAGGAUGAGGCCGGCGGUGUGUGUGUGAGAAGAGCUCGGCGUGGAAUGGAGGAGCUCCUCCUGCGGAUCCCAGCUUCGUCUCUCGCGCUCCGACCGGUCAGCGAAUGGGCAGAGUGACUCUCUCCUGAGGAAAUCUGGGAUUUUGCAGCAUUGCUGGCUGCUGGAGUGCACAGAUCGGUGCCGACUCACAGAAAGUUGCUUUGUCUGCAGGGGAGAGGGUCAGAGGUUGCACUCUGGGGAUCGCGGGCAGGCUCGGCCCACAAGGAGCGGCGCAGGUCUCUGAGACCUGUUGGCCAUUCAAGGUUCAAGGACUUCACUCACGCAUCCUGUUGCAGUGCAGAAGCAGAGAUGGCAACGGCUAUAUCGUGACGCAGAGGGAGAUGUGUGCCCGAGGGCAUUGAGGGCUCCUGGGGAGACACCAGGCACACGAGUAAAGAAUGCUGGAACUGCAAGAGGAGAGAGCAGCAGCAGCAGCAGCAGCAGCACAUUUUACCAAGAAAGAGCGAGCCAAGAAGGAGCGAGAGGAGGCCAAGGAGAGCCGCAGCAGUAGCAGCGCAGGCCCCAGGAACCCCCGUGUUACCCCUGCCCACACCAAGGCCACGCCCAGCCCGCACCAGCACUUGAAUCCGCCCUCUGCUUCCCUGGGAUCUCCGUCAAUGCAUUCCAGCAAUCCCAAAGUGAGGAACUCCCCUUCAGCGAACACUCAGAGCAGUCCAAAAUCCAAGCAGGAGGCCAUGGUGCGGUCUCCCCCUGUAAUGUCUCCGUCCAGUGCAGCCCAAAUGGACUCCAAACUGCCCAAUCAGGGAAAGCAAGGAGGCACUGGUGGCCAGUCACAGCCCUCGCCCUGUGACCCAAAGACAAUAAGCGGCAGCCAUCCCCCCAAGGGGCCACAGGGUGCCAUGGGCAACCUGGGCCUGAAAAAUGGACAGAGCCUGACCUCGGGCAAUGGGCCAAAGGGGAAGGUCAAGAGGGAACGGAGCACCUCAGUCGAAUCCUUUGAGCAGCGGGACACAGGGACGCCAAACAAUGAGAUGGAGCAGAAAGACUCUGGCCUCAGGGCGAAGCGGAUGUGUGUUGCUGAGCGGCGGCAGCCCUACAGCGGAACAGACUGGUGCUCUGGGGCAGAGAGCGAUGAGGACGAUCCUGGCUUCUUUAAUUGCAACUCCUCUGACAUCAAGCCCCAGGACCCCAGUUCACUCCCCUCAUCCAACGCUGGGAUCAGCCGUUCUUCCACACCAUCCCAUAAUGCCACUGGGGCACAGAGCACCUCCUCUGAACCAGCUGGUGGCCAGAAGGCUUCUUCUAAAGUUGUUUAUGUCUUCACUACAGAAAUGGCAAACAAGGCUGCAGAUGCAGUCAUCACAGGUCAUGCCGACACCAUCAUUGCUUACCACAUGAAGAACAUCUCCAGCAGUAAGGGUGACAAGUCCCACCUUCCUGUGAACAAUCAGAUGGGACCUCUCCGAAAUGAGCAGAAGCCCCUGCAACAGGCAACAGGAAACCCCCAGCAGCAGUCAUCUCACCCCUCUGAGCAGAACCAUCAGUUGGCCACCAAAGUCCCACCCCAAAGCCAGCAGCAGCCAGCUCAGCCUCCUUCGUCUCAGCAACCACCACAGGGGGCUAAACCGGGAAGCCUUCCUCAGGAUGGCGCUAUGUCAGGGGGAAUGGACUCCAAGAGCCUUCCCAGCAGCAGUCCCCACAAUGCCACGCCCCAAGAUGGCACUCCAAGUAGCCAGGCAUCUUGCACCCCAGGCCCCCAGCCUGGCUUUCCCUCCAUGGAGCAGUCCAAGGGUACUGAUGCCAAGCUGACGGCCCAGCACCACCAGCAGAUGGCCAACGAGAUAAUGUCCAGCAUGAGCGACAACCCUGAAGGCCUGUCCCAAGAGCAGCUGGAGCACCGAGAGCGCUCGCUCCAGACACUGCGCGACAUCCAGCGUAUGCUCUUCCCUGAUGACAAGGACAUGACCUCCAUGGGCCAAGCAAACCCCACUGCACCCCCACCCAACUCGGGCAUGAUGGAGGGCAUGGCCAAGAAACCUGACCAGGGCCCCCUGCAGGCUAUGAUGGCCCAGUCUCAGAACUUGGGGAAACCAGGCUCUGGUUCCCGGCCAGAGGGUCCAAACUUUGGUCCCUCUGGUCACAGGGACAUGCCCUUCUCCCCAGACGAGCUAGGCCCUCCUCCGCCCGGUCCACCCAUGAAUUCUCACCCAGGGCCAGAACACGGGGACCACAUGACACCAGAGCAGAUGGCCUGGCUGAAGCUGCAACAGGAGUUCUAUGAGGAGAAAAAGCGGAAACAGGAGCAAAUGCAGCAUCGGCCCAUGCCUGACAUGAUGCUACACCAGCAUGGGCCCCGGGGCAUGAUGCGCGGGCCUCCUCCUCCCUACCAGAUGAACCCUGGGGAGGUAUGGGGACCUGGUGGACCUGAGCCCUUCCCUGACCAGAUGAACAUGGGCCCUAGGGGUAUGGGUCCCCCUCACCAUAUGCAGAGGAUGCCAGGCUUCCCAGGAAUGAUGAACCCUGACAUGGAUGGAGGUCCCAACCCCAUUCCCCGGCCUGGCAUGAACUGGCCAGAUGACAUGCCCAAGAUGGGAGACGGUAGGGGAUUCUUGCCUGGUCAAGGUGUUUUUGGGGGUCCGGGAGGGCGAGGAGAGAGGUUCCCCAACCCCCAAGCAGUACAAGAAGCCAUGUUCCAGCAGGGCAUGGGUGACAAGCAGCAAAUGGGUUUGCCACCAGGAAUGGUGAUGGACAUGAAUAGGAUGAUGGGAAACCAAAGACCCAUGGAUCCUGGCAACAACAAUGGCGGUGGUGCUAUGUUCCCCAGAAUGCCGGGAGAAGGACCCAUGAGCCCUUCCUCCAGGAUGGAGUUUGUGAAAGGCCUUGGGCGGGACAUGGGGGAGUUUGCUAUGGGACCUGGAAACAUGAACAUGAAAGAUAUGCACCUCAAUGUCAGUGUGGGCCCCAACCCGCAGAUGAUGCCCUCAAAGGUGCGAGAACCACCGAUGAAUAUGAGUCCUGAGGAGAUGAUGAAAAUGAGGCAAGGUGGAGGGGGUCCCCCACCUGACAGCAUGGGGCCCCAGCAGAAAAUACUUCAGGGACCCCCUUUCCCUGACCAGUCCCAGCCUGGGGACUUCAACAUGGGGCCUGCGAGGCAUUUCCCAGGCAUGCCUCCUCAGGGGCCCGGGAACAUGAGAGGCCCCCGUGGUGAGCAGCCCUUUGGGCCCGAGCAAAGAGGUAAUGCUGGUGCCAACUCCCGGCUCAGCCACAUGCCCCCGAGCCAGCCCCCCAACUCUGCUGCCCUGGGCUCAGGCCCAUCCCCCAACCAGAGGAACAUUGGACGCAAACCCUCAGACCUGAGUGUCCAGGCGGGCCCUGUGAACUCGCCCAAUGUGAAUCCCCUCAAGUCGCCAACGCUGCGACAGGUGCAGUCGCCCAUGCUGGGCUCUCCCUCAGGCAACCUCAAGUCCCCACAGACCCCUUCACAGUUGGCGGGCAUGCUCUCGGGACCGUCGGUGGCAGCAGCCGCUGCCGCUGCAGCUUCCAUCAAGUCCCCACCCAUGAUGGGCUCGGCAGGCGCUUCACCCGUCCACCUGAAAUCCCCAUCGCUCCCGGCUCCCUCUCCUGGCUGGACAUCCUCCCCGAAGCCCCCCAUGCAGAGUCCCGGCAUUCCCCAGAAUAACAAGCCCUCCCUCAGCAUGACCUCGCCGAGCAUGAUGGGAAGUGUGGAGACAGGUGGGAACGGCCCCCCCUCAGCCCCUCCCUCCAGCAACUCAUCCGGCCCACCUGGCUCCAUGGGUCUUCCGGGCAGUCUUCCGUCAGGCAGCCCCUACUCGAUCCCCCCUGAGCCCACCUUGUCACAGAACCCUCUGUCUAUCAUGAUGUCGCGUAUGUCCAAGUUCGCCAUGCCCAGCUCCACGCCACUCUACCAUGAUGCCAUCAAGACGGUGGCCAGUUCAGAUGACGACUCCCCACCAGCACGCUCACCCAACCUGCCCCCAAUGAGUAACAGUAUGACCAGUAUGGGAGUGAACCACCACCCUCGAAUGAUGGCACCCAGCUCCUCAGGCCACAUGCCAUCCCUUAGCCCCAUGGGCAUGAACACAAUGGGCUCGCAGCCUCACUCCCACAGCAUGCCCAGUCAGAUGCCCUCACCCAACAUGCCUCCUCACUCUGGGCCUAUGGGGCCAGGGAUGAUGCCUCAUGGCAUUAUGAUGCCUCCAGGGUCCCAGGAGCCCGGAAUGGGUAAUUCCCAGAUGAUACCUCAGGGGCGAAUGGGCUUUCCCCACCGGCAGCAGGGCUUCCCUCCUGGCCAGUCCCCUCCUCAGCAGGUCCCCUUCCCGCACAAUGGGCCUGGCCACCAGGGAGGCUUCCCGCAGGGCAUGGGCUUCCCGGGGGAUGGUGGGCCGUUGGGUCGGAUCAGCAACCUGCCUCAUGGGCCUGGCGGGGAGCCCCCUAUGUGUAAACCCACAGCCCCUGGAGGCCAGGAGUCUUUUGGCAACAUGCCGGGCGUCUUCAACGAUGCAGAUCUACAUGAGGUGAUUCGGCCCGGUGCCUCCGGGAUCCCCGAAUUCGAUUUGUCCCGGAUCAUCCCAUCAGAGAAACCUAGCCAGACUUUGUCCUACUUCCCUCGUGGCGAGGCCCCUGGGGCCAAGCCUCCGCAUCCCUCAGGGCCCUCUGGCUUCCCACAAAUGCAAGGGAUGAUGGGUGAGGGGAAUCCCAGAAUGGGCCUGCCUAUGGGUGGGAUGGGGGGCCCUUCAGGACCAGGACACAUGGGUCCUCAGGACAUGCCCAUGGGAAACCCGAGCCACAACCCCAUGCGACCGCCCGGCUUCAUGCCCCAGGGCAUGAUUGGACCCCAGCACCGGAUGCUAUCGCCAGGACAGCCGGGCAUGAUGGGUGGCCCAGGGAUGGCGCAGGGAAAGGAGAGAGGCCCUAUGUACAACCACCCUGGGCCUGUGGGCUCACCUAACAUGAUGAUGUCACUACAUGGGAUGGGCGGACCCCAGCAGACUAUGAUGAUGCCACCCCAAAUGAGGCCUCGUGGAAUGGCAGCAGACAUGGGCAUGGGCUUCAACCCCGGGCCAGGAAACCCAGGCAAUCUGAUGUUCUAAGCUGCUACACACAGUGGACACCAAUAAAAGACAUGCAAAAAACUAAAUACAAGAAUACUAAGAAGAGGACACACAAAUGGAGUGGCUCUUUCAAGCACACGCAUGGAGUGGGACCACGAGGAACAUGCAGCACUUUCACACUCAGACCUGCAGGUGAACAGGGAACAUCGCUGUGCAGUGGUGAAGAAGUGCUCGCCAUGCGACACAUCGUGGCAGAGGCGUGGAGUUUACGUGCCGAGAGGGCGAACGCAAAGCGACUUGCGGUUCUUCUUUUCGGUUUCAUUUGUUUUGGGAAGUCCAGAAUGUAUGGGAUUGGUCUCUAUAAUUAGUGCAAAACUGUUCUAGGAUUGAAAACAUAAAGUGAAAAACUUUCAAAAGAAAAAACCUUGAAGAAAACAGUACUCCAGGAGUAGAGGUCUGUAGUUGUUCUUCUGAUAAUAAAAUGACUUGUCAAGAAAAUGUGGAAAAACAAAAAAAACAAAAAAUGUAAAAAGACAAAAAAAUCCAAGGUUCGCCAUUUUGUCACAAGUUGCACCGUUUUUUGCUGUAUGUUUACGUCUCAUCAGAUCUGUUCCCUCCAGAAAUAAAAUGCUCUUUGUAUUUGUGUACUGUACUUGUAUUGUAAAAGGGAUUUUAGCAGUGACUUGUAUAGGGUUUUUCCCCGUCUUCAUUUUACGUUAGGGGGGAAGGGUGACAGUGGAGAAAUGCGCUGCAACCCCUGCCAAAACAGUACUGUUUACCAUGGGGGGACUGAGAAAUUUUAAUUUUUUAAUUUUUAUUUUCCUUUGUAACUCCAGUGUAUAACAAACCAAACUAUGACCUCAUACAGAUAAUAGUAUUAUAAAAGAAGCACAAACAUGGAUUAACUAUAAAGUGUUCUUUUCUUUUUUAUUGUAGAGAAAAACACUAUUGACUAAGUAGAAACAGUAAUCUUCUGAUAUAUGCAGUGUGUUCUCCUAUUCUUGAGCUACCUUUCUUUUCUUGAUAGGAUGGGAGUCAGGGGAUAUCAAACACGCCUCAUGUCCUAAACUAGUGGUCGACUCUGGCACCUGGGUCAAACAUUUAGUAUACCUGGUUGUGACAGCAAAUUUUACUACUCCUUUUUUUAUUUUUAUUUUAUUUUAUUUUGCUGUGUAUUGUUACUUAAGACUAUCCUAGAUAUGCUCUGGAUUUCUGAGGGGUUAAUCCAGAUUUUUUUGUAAUAAAUAAAAAUAAAAAGGAAUAAAAAACAGAACACAGGUUAUUUCUUAAUGACCCCCCCAGCAGUGUAAACAUGUCAUGUGUAACUCCGUUGAAUUUGGUACAGAACCACUUCCGAGGGCUGUGGUGGUGAAGACAAAUAAAAUAUAUUGUUUGUUAUAAUGUGUACUGCAGCCUUAUGUGUUCCUUAGCAGAUAUAUCAUUUCAGUGCUCUUUACCUUGGAAUUCAACAUGGUUGAACAAGCCCAGUGUUUUUUUU